AUGGAACGAACAGAAUUUAGACAAGACAUUAAAGGAUCAUUGCAGGGAAUUGGUAAUUGCGAAUUAUUUAAUCAAGGAAAAGAAAAAAUUGAAAUCAAAGAAUAUGCCAUUGAAGUAUUAAAAGGAUAUUUGACUAAAAGAAGAGGGGAGAUAAGGAGAAGGGAUGACGAUGAUGAAAUUGUUGUUGGAAGGAAUUUUUAUAUACUGUCAACAAAUUGGUCACCAGAUUUAAUGUUGGGAUGUUUAAAUGAUUUGAAGGGCUUAUUAAGAAAAGAAGAUAUUUUGAGUAAUAAUUUAAUAUUUGAUACUGAUGAUGAUGAUGAUAGUAAUAAAGAGCGUUUCACAACAGGUAUGAUGAAAUGUGACGUGCUUUCAGCUAUUGAUAAGUUAAAAAUCUUUAAUAAUCUGGAAACACCAAAGAAUACACUAUCAGCUUAUAUCGGUGAUUCCGAGACUGAUUUACCAUGUUUAUAUUUUGAUGAUACAAUUGUUGUUGUUGAUGAUAUUGUAGAUGUUGCAGAUGUUGUUGAUUUUGAUGUAUUCGUAAUUGAGAUUGAAAUUGCUGAUUUUGAAGUUGAGAUUGAAAUAGGUUUUGUUGAUUAG